CUCGUCCACGGAUGUCCAGACAAAGUCGAAGUCCGUGGACAACUACAUCCAGCAGUAUCUCCUUUCUAUUUAUUCACCGAAGAAAAAGAUCAUUUACGAUAUAACCAAUCAUGUCUGUUUUCCCUAUGUUGCUGUUGGGAUUGACUUUGUGGCUGGUAAAUGGAAGUCCGACACCAAAGUCAUCUGACGAACCUACGUGGGCCGCAAGGGAGGCCAAACAAAUCAUGCUACCCAUGCAUUUUCCAGGACAAUUUGCAGAUUUCAACGAUUACGUGGUUCCCAGUAUUCAAACAAACGGGUAUACAAUCCACAACGGUCAAGUAAACACUUUCAGCCAUGUCGAUCCUCCUGCGCACGUCUACCGCCAUUAUUACGGAUUUAACCCAUUCUAUAUGGCACCUGUUGUACCAGCACAAGGCAGGAUUGGAUUUGCUGCACUUGCGUCCUUUUUUUCACAAAUUUUUGGCGGCGGUAGCAGCAGCAGCUCAUCUUCAACAACUUCGUCCAGCUCCUCAAGUUCUUCUUCUUCUACCACUAGUUCCACGCCUAGUUCUUCCACUAGUUCCACGACUAGUUCCACCUCUAGCACUUCCUCCACUAGUUCCACAACUAGUUCCACUUCCUCCACGACUAGUUCCACUUCUUCCACCACUUCCUCUAGCUCUUCAACCAGUGGCGCCACCAGAGCUGCUCCUGUAAGGACUGUCUUGUUCGUUCCGGUACCGGCCAUCGUCACUGCCACUCGACUGCCCUAAAUUAUUAUUUAACCAUAUGCUCUGAUUUGCUUUCUACCGCUUUUAUUAUAAGUUGAAUUAUCGUUAUUCAUGCAAAUACAAUGUACUCAUGCAAAGGAA